AUGGCCACCAAACCUACAGAGAAGCAUUCUGCGGUUGCGCACGAUGUCGAGAUCAUACCUGGAACAGAGAUCAUGGCCGAUGUUGGCGGCGUCCACUAUGCUCAUGCUGGAGGUUCGCAAAGUGGCUCGGUCCUAAUCCCUCAACCAAGCAAUAAUCCCUCUGACCCUCUCAACUGGAGUCUGACCUGGAAGCUCACCACUGCUCUCUCGCAAUUACUCUACGUCUGGGUCCUGGUCUGCUCCGCCUUGUCAUUGGCUCCGAUGUUUCCAUUCCUGGGCAUGGAGUUUCAUCUAGGCCAACAGCAGCUCUCACUACUUACUGGGUUGAACGUGAUCACCCUGGGGUUUGCCAACAUCUUCAUUGUCCCAUUGUCUAACAUCUUCGGCCGCCGACCAAUCAGUAUUUUCUUUGGCUUUUUGGUCAUUCUCACUAAUAUCUGGCAAGCUCUUGCUACGACCCACAAGAGCUUUCUAGCGGCUCGUGCUUGCAAUGGUAUCGUCGCCGCGACCAGUGAGACGAUCAUGGUGCAGGUCAUUGCUGACAUGUUCUACCUUCAUGAGCGUGGUGCCUGGAUGGGCUUGUACUUCACCUUCUACUUCAGCGGUGCCUUCCUCGGCCCCAUCAUGUCUGGCAACAUCGCCGCCCGACACGGCUGGCGCAGCUUCUUCUGGCUUUCCGUCGCCCUGGCAGCCUUCGUGACCAUUCUCCUGAUCUUCGCCUUUCCCGAGACCCGUUGGCGACGAAGCAACGGCAACCAUCCCAGCUCCUCAAAAGUCACCAAGGAUAUGAAGGACAACCCCCACAUCCAAGACGCACCCAUCGACUCCGAAGCUAACAGCGAACACCACGACGGCCAACUAGUCGGCAAAGGCCAACCCAGCAAAGCCCAAUGGUCGCCCAUCCAGAGACCAGACGGCAAAUGGCUGCAAUUCAUCGUCCGCGACCUGACAACCCCCUUCCUCGUCUUCUUUAACCCAAUCAUCUUCUGGGCAGCCCUCAUGCUCGCCGGACCAGCCGAUCUACUCCUCCUCUUCAACCUCACCGAGUCCGGCCUCUUCGGCUCCCCAGCCUACAAUUUCUCUCCAGGCCAAGUAGGCUACACUAACUUCGCCUUCUUCGUAGGCGGUCUCAUUGGUCUCGCCACUGCUGGACCGCUCUCCGACUGGACCGCUCGACUACUCACGAAAAGGAACGGAGGGAUCCGUGAAGCGGAGUUCCGUCUUCCGUCCAUGAUUCCAUACGUGAUCUUCUUCAUCAUAAGCCAUGUCGUGGGAGCAGUAGGCUACACUCAACUCUGGCGCUGGUCGGCUAUCGUCGUCUGUGGUUUCGGGUUCUCCGGUCUUGCUGUCACUUCCAUCCCUACGAUCGCAAUCGCGUACGCCGUUGACUGCUACAAGCCCAUUUCCGGCGAGAUCAUGAUCGUCGCGACGGUUUUGAAGAAUGUGUUGGGGUUCUGCUUGAGCUAUUGGGUCUUUCAGGUGCUGGCGGAGAAAGGAUGGAUCGCUGUUGUCGAUGUUCCCGGUCGUCUUGACGAUACCCUUGUACUUCUGGGGCAAGAGUCUGAGGAGGUGGACGAAGAAUUCGGAGCUCCAUCGCAUGGAGGCUAUGCUCUGAUUAUGUGA